GUUAGGACCCCGGCGGCGCGGGGGCCUCUGGGACGGCCCUUGGGGGCUGCCCCUCGCGUGUGCCUGACCUAAUGCGCACUGCAGCCUGCCUCUCCCUGCCAAGCCGCCGCCUGCGCUUUCUCCCGCGCCUGUAGGGCGACUUCCCGCGUGCCGAGGCCGUCCCCGAAUCCCGAGCGUCCGACCGAGGGCCUCGCGCGCUGUCCCAGCUCUGUAGUCCCGCGGAGGCGGAGCCCGCGGCGCGGUGCAUGCCGUGACGGCGGUGGGCGGUGCCUGCGCUCGCAUCAUGGCGGCUGAGUGGGCUUCUCGUUUCUGGCUUUGGGCUGUGCUGCUGAUUCCUGUGGCCGCGGUCUACGAAGACCAAGUGGGCAAGUUUGAUUGGAGACAGCAAUAUGUUGGGAAGCUCAAGUUUGCCUCCUUGGAAUUUUCCCCUGGAUCCAAGAAGUUGAUUGUGGCCACGGAGAAGAAUGUGAUUGCAGCAUUAAAUUCCCGAACUGGGGAGAUCUUGUGGCGCCAUGUUGACAAGGGCUCGGCAGAAGGGGCUGUGGAUGCCAUGCUGCUGCACGGACAGGAUGUGAUCACUGUGUCCAAUGGAGGCCGAAUCAUGCGUUCCUGGGAGACUAACAUUGGGGGCCUGAACUGGGAGAUAACCUUGGACAGUGGCAGUUUCCAGGCACUUGGGCUGGUUGGCCUGCAGGAGUCUGUAAGGUACAUCGCAGUCCUGAAGAAGACUACGCUUGCCCUCCAUCACCUCUCCAGUGGGCACCUCAAGUGGGUGGAACAUCUCCCAGAAAGUGACAGCAUCCACUACCAGAUGGUGUAUUCUUACGGCUCUGGGGUGGUGUGGGCCCUCGGAGUUGUUCCUUUCAGCCAUGUGAACGUUGUCAAGUUUAAUGUGGAAGAUGGAGAGAUUGUUCAGCAGGUUAGGGUUUCAACUCCAUGGCUGCAGCACCUGUCCGGAGCCUGUGGUGUGGUGGAUGAGGCUGUCCUGGUGUGUCCUGACCCGAGCUCACGUUCCCUCCAAACUUUGGCUCUGGAGACGGAAUGGGAGUUGAGACAGAUCCCGCUGCAGUCUCUCAACUUAGAAUUUGGAAGUGGAUUCCAACCCCAGGUCCUGCCUACCCAGCCCAACCCAGUGGACACUUCCCGGGCCCAGUUCUUCCUGCACUUGUCCCCAAGCCACUAUGCUCUGCUGCAGUACCAUUACGGAACCCUGAGUUUGCUUAAAAACUUCCCACAGACUGCCCUAGUGAGCUUUGCCACCACUGGGGAGAAGACGGUGGCUGCAGUCAUGGCCUGUCGGAAUGAAGUGCAGAAAACUAGCAAUUCUGAAGAUGGGUCAAUGGGGAGCUUUUCGGAGAAGUCUAGUCCAAAGGACUCUCUGGCUUGCUUCAAUCAGACCUACACCAUUAACCUAUACCUCGUGGAGACAGGUCGGCGGCUGCUGGACACCACGAUUACAUUUAGCCUGGAACAGAGCGGCACUCGGCCUGAGCGGCUGUAUAUCCAGGUGUUCUUGAAGAAGGAUGACUCAGUGGGCUACCGGGCUUUGGUGCAGACGGAGGAUCAUCUGCUACUUUUCCUGCAGCAGUUGGCAGGGAAGGUGGUGCUGUGGAGCCGCGAGGAGUCCCUGGCAGAAGUGGUGUGCCUAGAGAUGGUGGACCUCCCCCUGACUGGGGCACAGGCCGAACUGGAAGGAGAAUUUGGCAAAAAGGCAGCAAUUCAAGAUGGCUUGCUGGGGAUGUUCCUGAAACGCCUCUCGUCUCAGCUUAUCCUGCUGCAAGCAUGGACUUCCCACCUCUGGAAAAUGUUUUAUGAUGCUCGGAAGCCCCGGAGUCAGAUUAAGAAUGAGAUCAACAUUGACACCCUGGCCAGAGAUGAAUUCAACCUCCAGAAGAUGAUGGUGAUGGUAACAGCCUCAGGCAAGCUUUUUGGCAUUGAGAGCAGCUCUGGCACCAUCCUGUGGAAACAGUAUCUACCCAAUGUCAAGCCAGACUCCUCCUUUAAACUGAUGGUCCAGAGAACUACUGCUCAUUUCCCCCAUCCCCCACAGUGCACCCUGCUGGUGAAGGACAAGGAGUCGGGAAUGAGUUCUCUGUAUGUCUUCAAUCCCAUUUUUGGGAAGUGGAGUCAGGUGGCUCCCCCAGUGCUGAAGCGCCCCAUCUUGCAGUCCUUGCUUCUCCCAGUCAUGGAUCAAGACUACGCCAAGGUGUUGCUGUUGAUAGAUGAUGAAUACAAGGUCACAGCUUUUCCAGCCACUCGGAAUGUCUUGCGACAGCUACAUGAGCUUGCCCCUUCCAUCUUCUUCUAUUUGGUGGAUGCAGAGCAGGGACGCCUAUGUGGAUAUCGGCUUCGAAAGGAUCUCACCACUGAGCCGAGUUGGGAGCUGACCAUUCCCCCAGAAGUACAGCGGAUCGUCAAGGUGAAGGGGAAACGCAGCAGUGAGCAUGUUCAUUCCCAGGGCCGUGUGAUGGGGGACCGCAGUGUGCUCUACAAGAGCCUGAACCCCAACCUGCUGGCCGUGGUGACGGAGAGCACAGACACGCACCAUGAGCGCACCUUCAUUGGCAUCUUCCUCAUUGAUGGCGUCACUGGGCGUAUCAUCCACUCCUCUGUGCAGAAGAAAGCCAAGGGCCCUGUCCAUAUCGUGCAUUCAGAGAACUGGGUGGUGUACCAGUACUGGAACACCAAGGCUCGGCGCAACGAGUUUACCGUACUGGAGCUCUAUGAGGGCACCGAGCAAUACAACGCCACCGCCUUCAGCUCCCUGGACCGCCCCCAGCUGCCCCAGGUCCUCCAGCAGUCCUAUAUCUUCCCGUCCUCCAUCAGUGCCAUGGAGGCCACCAUCACCGAACGGGGUAUCACCAGCCGACACCUGCUGAUUGGACUACCUUCUGGAGCAAUUCUUUCCCUUCCUAAGGCUUUGCUGGAUCCCCGCCGCCCCGAGAUCCCAACAGAACAAAGCAGAGAGGAGAACCUAAUCCCGUAUUCUCCAGAUGUACAGAUACACGCAGAGCGAUUCAUCAACUAUAACCAGACAGUUUCUCGAAUGCGAGGUAUCUACACAGCUCCCUCGGGUCUGGAGUCCACUUGUUUGGUUGUGGCCUAUGGUUUGGACAUUUACCAAACUCGAGUCUACCCAUCCAAGCAGUUUGACGUUCUGAAGGAUGACUAUGACUACGUGUUAAUCAGCAGCGUCCUCUUUGGCCUGGUUUUUGCCACCAUGAUCACUAAGAGACUGGCACAGGUGAAGCUCCUGAAUCGGGCCUGGCGAUAAAGACCAAAGACUGUGCCUAAAAGUGGAGAGCCAGGGGAGUGUGGGUCAGAUAAGCAGCUACAGCUGCAUUUGGUGGAUUGGUGAAGAGAGAGUGAGAGUGAGUGUGUGUGUGUGUGCAUGUGUCAGUGCUCAGCUAAGAGCUGUAGGGAAGAAGAUGGAUGACCUUCACAUAGAACUCCUUUUGGGAUACACAUGAUGCAGAAUCCUACUUGGAGAGAGACAGAACUCUCAGCUGAGAAUCUCAGAGAAUCCUGAUGGGCUUUCCCUUGAAGUCCAAAGGCCUCUGCAUUGUUUCCUUUCUUUGCCCAUCCAUGAAUGUUCUGUUUUGUUUCGUUUUUUUAAAAAGAAUUCCGGCUGAUUUUUGUGAGGCCUGUUUAAAUUGACUUUACUUUGCCUUUUGUGUUUCCCAAUUUUAUCUAGAAAUCUUUCUGACUUUUUCCAUCUCUUGCUUCAAAGUAAGAGGGGAACUCUCCUUGCCGACUCCACCGUAUAGGUGCAUUUGGUGUUUUGCACUGGGAAGAAAUAGGAUCCAUCCUGAGCUGAGUCUUGAGGACUGAUCCAGCCUCUCAUGGCUUCCCUCCAAAGUAACUUAGGGUUGAGGGAUCUAUAUGUGAUGUCAAAACUUACUUUAAACCUCUGGUUUCAUGCUGUCAUUUAUUAGGCUGGGCCACCAAAUCUUUGUUUCAGUUCAUCAGAAGCCAAGUGCAUACUAGCGUCUUGUUUGUUGCCCAUUGCCUAUACUUUUCACCUGAGAUGUGUGAGUUGGGGCCUUUUAAAAACUACUGAAUUGUCUGAGCCUUGAAGACAUUUCCAGGGAGAAGAGAUAAUCUCUCAUUUCACCCACAGGCUGGUCUAAUCAUAACCUAGUUAAAAAUGUCCUUGUUUAAGAACCCCAUUAUUUAUUUUUAGUUUUUAAUAUAAAUUAACAUGUGGCUCAUCAUAUUUCUCUUUAAAUGAGGAAAUUUUAAGUCUUAUUGAUCUAACCUUUGAAGCUUUAAAAAAGAGGAGAAAGGGUAGGGGUGGGAAACUGGUAUACUGUGUGUAUAGCACUGCCGAUUGGCUAGGCCGCUGUGUCUCUGCUACAAAUUAAAGAAAUCCUAAAAGUUUUCCUUGGUCAUAGAGUUGGGGAAUGACAGAAUUUUUCUUUACUGUGAAAUGUGUGUACAGAGUAGACCAUCUCUAGCCCUGUGGUGAAAGAGGUACACUCGAAUGUCUGAAUAAAGCAAGUGAAAAAUGA